AUGCCCGGAACUGUCGCAAAUUUCUUCAAUGCAGUACGGCCAAAUUCGAGCAACAAUCGCCUCGGUGUUCCAUCGAAAAUGAACAAGCAAUUCUCCUCCUCUUCAAUGUUCCUUGCAACAACGUCUCUCCACGGCAAAGUUGCUGUUGUAACGGGGUCAUCACGAUCGAUAGGCGCCUCAAUUGCGAAAUGCUUAGGCGACCACGGAGCCAAUGUCGUCGUCAACUAUGUCAAGGAUGCAGCAGCGGCCGACGAAGUCGUACAAGCCAUCCGCUCACAGGGUAAGGGCGGUGCCAUCGCUGUCAAGGCAGACACAUCGACCUUGGAAGGGGGGCAAUUCCUGCUUGACGAGGCGGUGAAGACGUUCGGAAAAGUCGACAUUUUGGUGCUCAACGCAGGCGUCAUGGGCAGCAAAACUCUGUCGGAGAUCGAUGAGGCGUUUUUUGACUCACACUUUGAUAUUAAUGUCAAGGCCCCCCUCUUCAUGGCCAAGGCAGCUGCUUCAAUACUUCCCACGCCGGGUGGGCGCAUCAUAUUUUUCUCCUCUAGUUUGACUGCAGCAUCCACGGUCACUCCAAACGCACUGUGCUAUCUAGCUUCAAAAGGAGCAAUUGAGCAAAUAUCUCGUGUGUUGGCCAAAGACCUUGGAAGUCGUGGUAUCACGGUAAAUACUGUCUCUCCCGGGCCUGUAGAUACACCUAUGUUUCGAGAGGGUAAACCCCAAAGCGUACUGGACUCCAUCGCGAAACAAAAUCCAUUACGCAGGUUAGGAGAGCCUGAUGAUAUUGCGCCGAUCGUAGGAUUUCUAGCUAGCCAAGCCGCCCAGUGGGUAAACGGACAGAACAUCAGAGUUAACGGGCGCCUCAGGGUUAUUGUCUUCCAAUACUGUGCAAUGGCCACCAAGACAAGAAUCCAAUCGAACUUGCGCGUUCAAGUGCCCAAAGUGGAACAACCGGAGGAAAUCUGGUGGGAUGGGACCUCAUCGACCUCCGGUGAGUCUUAA